AAUGAGAAGAGAGAAUGAGAUAUGGCGAAGCUGAUUGACAAGGCAAAAGAGUUUGUAGCAGAUAAAAUUGCAGGAAUAGGAAAACCAACAGCAGAUGUUGUAGACGUCUCAAUAAAGAACGUGAGCAAAGACUCCAUUACUUUAGAGGCGGCUGUAGAUGUUAUAAAUCCAUACAGUCAUGACGUUCCCAUUGGUGAAAUUUCCUACAGGCUACGAAGCGCUCAGAGAAUAAUUGCAUCUGGAACGAUUUUGGAUCCUGGGUCGAUAAUGGCGAAGGAGAAGACUCGGUUCAAUGUUCCAGUGAGAGUGCCUUACAAUUUUAUGUUGAGUAUUGUGAGAGAUGUUGGGAGGGACUGGGAUUUGGACUAUGAGUGGGAAAUUGGGCUUACCAUGCACAUUCCUAUUGUCGGCAAAUUUACUCUUCCUCUGUCCAAGGAAGGCACUUUCAAACUGCCUUCUUUUUCAGAUAUCUUCUAGAAUCUUCUCUCUCUUUCUGAAUAUGAUGUGUAUUGUUGUUGAUUCAUGUAAAUAAUGGCUGUUCUUCACCAGCAUAAAGUUUGCAAUUCUACAGGAUGGAUUUUUCGCUGUAUUUUAUGUUGUAUAUGAUAAAAUUUCUGGAUUUUCGUUGGAUUGUAUUAUUAUUAUUAUUAUUAAUUGAAAAGUGUUUUUUUUUCAUUUAUUA